CAAAGGGGUAUUUGACCGGAGGGAACUUGUCAAAACAAGGCCCAUUGACCGAGCUCCCUGUAAAUGAGUGACGAGGACGUGCACAGAGUACUCUAACUUGUGUUUCCUCGCUGUAAUGGCAUUGGUUGGCUCAACAAAGAAUCCUUAAGAGCCUAGGCUUCAUGGAGAUGGCUUGUUAUUUUGGUCAGACCCUGUGGGCUUAAUGCAUUGGAAAGAAACAGCAGACCAUGUAAACUCUCCCAGUCCAUGACUCACUUGAAUGAAUGACUGUUGAUGAUGCAACUUGUGGCAGCCCAUAUCACGCGCCUCGUCAAAUUCCAUCUGAUAUUGAGACUUGAAUGUCGCCUCUCAUCGCAGCCUUAGCAGCUUUCUUUAACUUAGAAGAGACAAGUCUACCAGACAGCUUGUGUCAUGUGUCCAAUUCCGAGUUUCAACAUCCCAUCUGAAAUGACAUUUUGCUGUGCAGUAGAGAGAUACUGUGUUCCAGAUCUCUAGAAAAGGUGUGACCUGCAAAUCCUUACUUAACCCAGUUUGAGCUGUCUAAUAAAAAUGAGCUGUUUCUACUGUGUGAGGGAUAGAGAGAAGUGAAGGGGGUUAGUGUGUGUGUGUGUGUGUGUGUGUGUGUUGGGGGGUGUCCACUGCCCUACUCCUCCUGCACCCCCCCAGCCUGACUUCCUGCAGAUAGUGGAUGUCUCUCAUGGGAACUGUGUGUGUGUGUGUGUGUGUGUGUGUGUGUGUGUGUGUGUGGGGGGAUGUUAGCCCAGAGGCAGCAGGCAGUGCUUUUUACGCUGCUGGAUUUAAUUCUCCCUAAGUAGUGCUGUCAUUUCAGUGAAGCUCCUCAUGGCACUGUCCUUAGAUAAUUACUGAGGACGAGAUUGCCCACACCCACACAUAAAGAGAGCCACAUUCACCCUCUCUGAGACGAGCUUAUUGCUGCCAAUGUAAAUGCUCUAGAUCUACAACAUCUGAUAUCCAUUUCAAGCUUAGUCACAAAAGGAAAUUAUACAUUUAUAAAUUAUAUUAUACUUAAAGGAAAUUAUAAUAUUAUACAAUAUUGUAUAAUAUACAAUUAUACUAACUGUGAUAAUGGUUGGAUUUGAUUAUCAAUAUAUGUACAGCAUGUACACUAAGAUUAUGAAAUCAAAAAAGCAGACAUAGCUCAGUUGCCUGUUCAGUAUGAUGUUUAUCUGUUUGGAGUGGAAAUUGAGCGUUGUUUUUUAGGAAAGUUACUGAGGUUUGAUGUUUGUGCAGUCUGUAAAUAGCACACCCUGUGCAUGUAAAGGCCCAACACCCACUCUGUGAUACAGAAAGGAGGCGUCUCUAGUGCUUCCUGUUUGUUUGUGAUAUGCAGUGCACAAGUUUGCCGUGUGCGUUAUUGGGAGUUUGCUGACGUUAUAGGCCACUGGAAGUGGUUAUAUUUCGCAACAUGUCAAACACAUGUAGAGAAGAUGUUUUCCGCAUAGCAAUCAUUAGACAGCGGACACCGUGACCAUGGAGAGCACUCUCUGUCUCUCACGCAGUGCCCCAGAAUCAUGGAACUCCUUCUUUGACAGAACAUUUCAGGUAAAGUUGUCUUGCAUAAGUGCAAAUGUGACGUCUCUUAUUUGUGUUCAUUUUCAUAAAUGCAUGGCUGGCUAGGUGCAGAUGACUUACUACUACAAUCUACUAUAUUACAAUUAUUGCAAUAAAUAAUUCUAUAAUUUCGUCACCUUCCUAAAAUAAAACACAAAAAAGUUAACCAAAAAGUAAAUAAUGAUAAUUUAGGCAAAAAAAAAAAAAAACAUUGUCAAAAAUUGACUCAUGCCAUUAUUUCAGGAAGGUGACAAUGUGAUAUAUUAUAUAAUAGUAUAAUGUGUAAGUAUAGUAUGAUAUAUUAUAUAAUAUUAUAAUGUGUAAGUAUGGUAUGUAACUAAUACAGUACACCACAGGUGUAUAUUGAGAGAUACACUUUUGCGUAUUUGGUAUUUUGUGGUUAUAUUUGUGGGUAUUUGUACGUGGUGAUGUCUGAGGUACUGUUUCCUGAUGUGAUGCGAGUGUGAGUGUAUCUGUGUGUAUGUGAGCUCACUAAUGCUCUCGGCGGGCAGCUGAGCUGUGCUGGGCUGAUACAGCAGCAACAUCAGAAUGACAUCAGUGAGAAAGGGAAGCCAGGAGGCAGGGAGGGAGGGAGAGAGAGAGAAGGAUGGAGGGAGGGAAAGAGGGAGGGAGUGGGCAAGCAAACGAUUGAGCCAAACCAAGAGAGUGGUCCAGCUGUCAGAGAGCAGAGACGGAGCGGAGAGGGUGGAAGAGAGAGUGAGUGCGGAGCAGUGGGGCGAGGACCGGACAGCACUCUUUCAGCAGAGAGAUAAGGAGCCCUCUUCCAGGGAAGACUGCCUUUUUUUCUGCAGGAGAUAUUUUUCCUUUUUUCCUUGUGCUUUCACGCCUUCCCAUUACACCUCUCCUCCCCCUCCCUCCCCCUUUCCCUCCCUUUCUCUCCCCUCCUCCCUCCUCCUCCUCCUCCCUCUGUUUUUUCCUCCGCGAGCGCUCCCCUCUGUCUGUCUCCCCGCAGCGCUCCGCUCCUCUGGGCAUGCUACAUAAGCCAAAGUAUGGCCGCUUCCGCAACGACUCGGUGACCUCCUCCGACGACCUCAUGCAGAGCAUCGCCAUGAGUGGCAAAGUGGUGGCCACUCCGGUCGUCCCGUCCCCCGGCCCCGCCGGGCUCUCGCUGCCCCCCCUGGACCGCGCUCGCGAGGCAGCCGCAGCUGCCUCUUCCUCCUCCUCUUCCUCGGCCCCGGCGCUGGCCGACUCGCCCUGCCUGGACGGGGAGCAGGAUGGCGUCACCACCUUCUGCAUGCUCAUCCCAAAGAUGCCCCAGUGGAAGUUCUCCAACUCGCUGCUCAGCCGCAGCCCCUCCAGCUCCAGCUCCAGCUCGGGCGGCAGCAAGGACUCAGGCAGGGGGGCCGCGGCCCGGGACGGCGUCUCGGAAUCGGGUGGAGGAGGGGGAAGCAGGGGCGCCGGGGGUGGCGGAGUCGCCUCGGGCAUCAGCGGCCCUGUGGCGAGCCUGGCCGCCGUCUUGAACUCCUGUGACCCUGUCUGUGUCACCCCUUGUUCCCUCCAGGCCCUGGGCAGACACAGGGCAUCCUCCGGCAGCCCCAGCUCCAGGGCUUCCAGCGUGGGCGCAGAGGCCUCGGGGAGCCCAGGGGCCCCCAGCGGAUCCAGGAGUGGGAUGAGCCGACGGGCCAGGCUGGAGGGUAUGUGGCUGGGUGGGGAGGAGCAGAAGGGCGGCUUCCUUCACAAGCCGUCUCAGGGGUGGUUGCACCCCGACAAGAAGAUCACCAGCACGGGGGCUACCUACAUUGUUAGGUAUAUGGGCUGCAUUGAGGUCCAGAAGUCAAUGCGCUCCCUGGAUUUCAACACGCGGACCCAGGUGACCAGGGAGGCCAUCAACAGGUUAUGUGAAGCAGUGCCUGGGGGAAAGGGUGCCUGGAAAAGGAAGACAGCAAACAAGGCUCUGCAGUCCAUCAUGGGGAAAAGUAACCUGCGUUUUGCUGGCAUGAGCAUUGCUGUCAACAUCUCCAUAGAGGGCCUCAGCCUCGUCAUCCCAACCUCACGGCAGGUGAUUGCGCAUCACCCCAUGCAGUCCAUUUCCUUUGCAUCCGGAGGUGACACGGAUACACCAGAUUACGUCGCUUAUGUGGCCAAAGACCCUGUCAAUCAAAGAGCAUGUCACAUUCUGGAGUGCUGUGACGGACUGGCUCAGAGCGUCAUCAGCACCAUCGGCCAGGCCUUUGAGCUGCAGUUCAAACAGUACCUACACAGCCCCCCCAAAGCCAUUCACACCGCAGAGAGAGUCAUCCGCACUGAGGAGUCUGCGUGGGGUGAUGACGAGGAGACGUCGGAGCACGACUACUACAACAGCAUCCCCGGAAAGGAGCCGCCACUGGGGGGCGUAGUGGACUCCAGGCUCCGCCACACCCCAAGCCACGUUCAGAACAGAACAUCACAGAUGGGCUCCCCGGGCAGGAGAGACACCGCCGUCGCCGCUGCCUCCUCCUGCUCUUCCUCCUCCACCACCUCCUCCCUCCCUGCAUCGCAAAUCUGUAGUGAACUGCACUGGGACACAGAGACCAACGGCGGCUCAGGGUUAACGUCAGACGGGUACCUGCGAGCUGAUGGCCACCCCCCUGGAAGUCGGGACUACGAGGAGCACCUGUAUGUCAACACCCAGAACCUGGACAACCUGGAGAACGCAGCCAAUGGUGGGAGAGGGGUCCGGGGACCAGAGAGCCCCAAGAAAGAUAUUUUUGAUAUGAGGCCGUUUGAGGACGCGUUGCGUAUGCACGAGGCGGCGGGCGUGUGCGUAUUGGAGGAUUGCUGGCCCAGCCCACCACGUCGCCGCGCCCCUGUGGCGCCCACCGAGGAGCAGCUGCGCAAGGAGGCCUGGUACCACGGGCGCAUGAGCCGCCGCGACGCCGAGAGGCUGCUGGUGCGCGACGGCGACUUCCUGGUGCGCGACAGCGCCACCAACCCAGGACAGUACGUGCUGACGGGCAUGCACUGCGGUCUGCCCAAGCAUCUGCUGCUGGUCGACCCGGAGGGAGUGGUCCGCACCAAAGAUAUGCUGUUCGAGAGCAUCAGUCACCUAAUCAACUACCACCUCCGCAACGAGCUGCCCAUCGUGGCGGCCGAGAGCGAGCUGCACCUGCAGCAGGUGGUCUGUCGCAAGCUGUGACCACCACCCCACACGCCACGCCACACCCAUCUCACACAGGUGACAGACGUCCACUCCUCCCAGUGUCUGUGAGAAGCUCCUCGUCCUAAACAGAGACUCUUUGCCUGCAAAGGCUUAACACAUACAUACACACACACACACACACACACACACACACACACACACACACACACACACACACACACAGUACCUCAGCAUGGCCUCGUUAUAGGCUAACAAGUGCUGUGAUGACCCAUGGCCCUGUGUCUGCCUCUAAUAGAACAGUGAGACAAGAGGGGGGCAGAUAGUGCCCCUUAAUCAGACACACACACACACACACACACACACACACACACACACACACACACUUGGCUAAAUAUUUGACUGAUACCUGGUUGUUACUAACUAACUCACUGAAGGUUACUUGGAAAUAUGAAAAAAGUCUGUUUCUGGAAAUAUAAAAUCUGUUCCUAGAAAUUUCCAAAAUAAUUUCAUUCAUUUGUCAAGGCUUUUUCCCAUGACCAGAGAGAUUCCAUAGUGUAAUUAAAUCAUUAAGUCAAUGGUAAUAUGUGAUGGCUAUCAUGGUAGCUGCCUAGUGCCAUGAAAAUCAACGGAUUGAUGGACAUGACAUCAAUCAGUGAUCAAGAGACGCAUUCUUGAUGUUAUUUUUGCUGGAUGCACAGUACUUCUACAAAAAGUCUAUCCACAUUAAACCAUCUCAGGAUGCUGGCUUUAAGUUGGUUUGAGCCUCUUGGUUAGCUGAACAUGUUUAAUUUAUUACAGAGCGGAAUUUUCCGUUAUAUUAGAACAAAAUGAAAUUUUAUGUUAUUAAAUCCAUCCUGUGUUAUCCCUGAAUCACUUCUGAUAUCUACAGUCUCAGGACCAGACAAUGGAUAAAGUCUUUCUAUUAUAAUUUAAUGAUUUCUCUCUAGAAAAACUUGUCACCGUUCUGCUGCAGUCGUUCUAACUACCAGAGAGCACAAUCAUAUAUGUAACCGAUCGGAAACAUCAAAAGGACAUUACGGAUGUUUUCAUCUGGAAGCUCUAGCUACUCCCACUUCCUGUUCACACCCUUCGGUAAAGUUCAGCUCGUCGUGCUGGUACCCCAGAUGGCCCGGCUUUCCUGUCACAGACAGGGCAUCUUGUACUUGGUUUAACCCUUUCUGGUACCUCAGCUAAUCUAUUGUAAUGCGGUGGUUCAGACAGUAUGACACCACCUGCUUGUCUCUAACUACCAAUAAGUGCUAUACUCAGCCAUGCCCAGUGUUCCUAAUGCAGCACAUAUAGACUGCUGUACAGACUCAUAUUGACUCACUCAAGUGUUAAAAUAGUCCAGUGCCUUAAGUAUACACAUAGGGUAUGUUUUUGCUGAACAUUGAUUUUUGUUUAACCAUCUGUGCUGCUCAUGAUGGUGAUGUGAAGGUUUGCUUGUUGGUUGAAUUCAUCAAUCCACCAGGCAAUCGCAAGUAAAGGGAGAACUCAUCCUUCCUACUAAUAGUUGUUUAUUGUAUGCUGGAUAAUGGCCACACUGUGACCAUGGAGAUUGAGUCCAUAUGGAUACACAAUCAGAACACACACACACACACACACACUACAGGAAGUGCACCACCAUUUUAUCACUCUUCCUUUGACUCCCUCCUUUGCUUUUCUGUGGAGCUGCAUUGCCUGUGGCAGCAUGUUCAACCGACCAAAGAAUGAGCGAUAGGUUAUAGCCCUGUAUGAUUGAUCAGGUAUGGCUGUGUGAGUGUGCAUGUGUGUCAGUGAGUGAGGGAAGGGAGAGUUCCCUCUGCAACGUCAGCUUUCUUUUAGCCUAGCAUAGGGAUGAGAGAUAUAAUUUAUAGUUGCUUCCUCAGGACUUUGUUGAAUCUGCUCCCCUUCCAACCUAAUGUCUUUUCAAUAAAAGGAUGAUAAAAAUGACAAGA